AUGGCAGAGCUCUUCUCUGUGUUCUUGUCUGUGGACUCGGACGGAGGGCCAGACGUCACGCUCAGAAGGAUGGAUUCCAUAGAGCGGGUUUGUUUCCGGCGCCCGCGCACCUCGAAACCGAAAGCAGAACUGGCUGGGCCGCAGCACCGCCCCGAGAGAACCGCCCGCCGAGCGCCGCCGCCGCCGCCGCCGCCCCAGCCGAGAGCGCGUCUCCUCGGCUGCAGUUGUCCUUGCCGCCGCGGCGGGCCGGGGGCAACAGUGAGCGGCGGCGGUGGGAAAUCGAGGCGACGGCUAGAAGGCCGCCGCGGCCCGGGCAGGGAGAGCGGAGACAGCGGCGGCGAAGCCUCCUCCGCGUUCCUGUGGGCGGGUGUGCGGAGUGCUUCUUGUCUUGGCUUUCUGUGUGGCAAGCAGUCGGACGCAGGCCAGACCCCCGCUUGUGUGUCUGGUACCAGUAUGUGUUUUAAAAUGUUCCCCGGGAUUUAUUUUAAUCAGGCUGGACCUUCCCAGAUUCAGAGACUUGGGAUUCAGAAGCCCAAAGAAGCAAACAGAAUAUCAACAUUUCAAAUAUUAUGGAGUCCAGUGCAGCUUUUUAGUUCAAGGAGAGAGAAGAAUUUUUUAUUGUUGUUUUCUUCUUUUUAAACACCUUUAAUCUGAGGCUCACCAAAGCUUAGAAAUGCCACAAAAGUCACUUAAGACAUGUUCAUGCACUUGAUAAAGGUAUCUUUACCAGACCAAAAAAAAAAAAAGAGAGAGAGAGAGAAGAGAUAACAAACAAUAGUCUCCUGAAGUAUAGGAGUUGUCUGGUUGAGGCUGUGUUUGCUGGAUUUCGUAGAAAGUUGGAUGCAAAGAUCACAUUCUUGACAUUGUGGUCCUGUUGGAGGGGUGGGUGAGCACAGAGGAAGUGGAAGGAUCCUGAACAAAGGAAGAUUUAAAUUGACAAGCAGGGAGAAAAAUCCCUGCAGAGGCGUCUGUAAAUGCAAGAGAAGUGGUGGGAGUCCUCCCCGGAAUACUUAGAGACGCACUGCACAAAAAACAGAGGCGCUUCUAUGGGGAAGAAUCUUAACCCAGCAGCCACUCAGCCAAGCCCGCCUGCUGGGACUCGCACCCGCUGCUGCGUGGCUCUCUGCGCUCCUGGGGUAAGGGCCGCCCGCGGCUGCCUCUCUGGGAAAAUGGCCCUGCCCCACCCCAAGUCCUCAGGGUGCCUGGGGAUGCAUACCCCAGAAGCUGGGCACCCACAGGGCCCUUGAAAAGAACCCUGCCAGUUUGUUCAUACAAAUACACUUUCUCCACCAAAUCGCCAUGCAAAAGUAACGUUCCCAUCCCUGGUAUCAUCGAAUAAAUCUAGAUAUUUUCUCCUGGUUUUA